CCAAUACAUUUCUUAAGAUUCCUUCUUUAAAACAAAAAUUUUAGUCAAGUAUAAUACACAUUAGACAUGGUAUACAAAUUCUAAAGGCAUAGCUAGAUACAGCUGACCCAAAUAAAGCCAGAUGAAGAAACAGUUUCAACAGAACUCCAGAACGUGCUCCAGCAAAGGUGUUCUACAAGGCCUGGAAGUUUUCUCCCUUUUGUGAAUAAGAACUGGACAGCAGAGUGGAGAGUUCUGUCUUGUGAUUGCCUGAACACCAGGAGCAGGUGCAGGCAGCCCCUGCCUGGUGCCCUCUCCCCCUGAUGGCUGGCACAGUGCUGGGCGUGGGUGCCGGCGUGUUCAUCCUCGCCUUGCUCUGGGUGUCGGUGCUGCUGCUGUGUGUGCUGUUAUCCAGAGCCUCCGGGAUAGCUAGGUUCUCCAUCAUUUUUGUCUUCCUUGGUGCUAUGGUCAUCACAUCCGUUCUAUUGCUUUUCCCCCGAGCCAGUGAACUCCCAGCCCCGGAAGUCGAAAUGAAGAUCGUGGAUACCUUUUUCAUCGGCCGCUAUGUGCUACUGACUCUGCUCAGCAUCGUCUUUCUCGGAGGCCUCUUCUUGGUUCUAACCCACCAUGUGCUGGAGCCGAUCUAUGCCAAACCACUGCGGUCCUGAUGGUCUUUUCUGAGGAAACCAAGACUCUUCUCCUCCCCUUCAUUUUGAUGUCAUCUUGAGAAGAAGAGGAUGGCUUUCGCAUCUUCUGACUGGAGGAAUAUCCAUUUACCACUACGACAAAACUCUCUUGAGUUCUGGCUUCCAGAAACAAAUCACAAAAUUGACCCUACAGGCACAGAGUCCUAGCUGACUUCUUAGAACCUGCACUUCAGGAUUUCCAUCUGUUUUGAAAGGAAAAGAGUUAUGCUGAUCUGCUUAGAGUACAUUUUCUAUCAAAUUGUUAGUAGUAGAUUUGGGGGAAUUUUUUUUUCUUCUGUUGUCCAACAAAAGAACCUGAUCUUUUUUGGUAGUUUGUAGGAUUCUUAGUUUUAAG